GUGACAUUAAAUCACAGGCAACCCCAACUGAGGCUCAUUCUGUACUUGAAAGUCGUCCAGCCGUGAGUGAACCGGCGUCUCACAAUCUACAUCAUACAACAUCCACGACUACAACUUCGAAAACUUCGUUAAAUACAGCACUUGGAAAGAACACACUUGGUUUGAGUGUCCAAGCUAUUGGUGCCCCUACCUAUAUUAAACAUACAACUUCAACAUCACCGCAUUUAUCUUCUGUUUCAAGGUUUGUAUUAUACACUAUACGUAAAUUCAUGUAUAGCUUUUUGAGCCAGUGAAAAAUAUAUUCUGUUUAUACUCGAUGAUGCUACUUCGAGUGACUCCUUCCUGGCAAGCUGAAAAAUUGUUUGAUUGCCAUUGAAAGUGAACACUCGAAAAAAUAGAGAAAUCCAUAGUAUGGAAUUUGCGAUUGCACCACUAAAUCCAUAGUAUAUCCAUACUAUAUAUCCACAGUAUAUGGAAAUUGCAGUUAGUAUGAAUAUUGGAUUUCCAUACUAUUUUCAACUAAGAUCCAUACUUUUAAAGUUUGUUCGUUCACUGCAACCAGGUAUAUCAAUCAUGUUUCGCUCGCUACUCUGGUUUAAAUAAAUGACUACAAAACCCAGUCGAAUUGUAAUCAAGACCCAACGUUUCGACACUCCAGUCUAGUGUCUUCAUCAGGGGUGAUCUAAAAUUGCAAUCGUGGCUUCUUAAAUACCCAAGGGAUGACGUCACCUGUUUCCCACUAUUUCCAUAAUAAGGAUUUUGAAAACAAUCUCCAGUGGAACCCGCUAUACAGUGGUUUGCCAGUCCGCCGUGGUCAAGCAAUUUACUAGCUUGCCCAUUUGGAGUGGCCUACGACGCAGGCUAAUUUGGAGCCACUCCGAGUACAGCUUCAUCUAGACAUAGUAGCUCCGAAUUUUUUUUUAUAAACUCUAUAAGAUGUUGUAUCAAAGGAUGGGAAGGAGCUAGGAGGCUAUAUGAAAUACAGGAUCUGGUUGUUCAAAGCUGGAUUACAGUAAAACCCCGCAUAUAAGAACUUAGAAUUUAAGAACCUGUUAGGUUAAAACAUUUUAUUUAGACCUCCUUUAAAUAAAGGCCAUGUUACACGGUGCAAUUUUUCUUGCAACUUGCAAUGCAAUUCUACUCUUGAGAGAUGUAAAAUUACCAAAUACGAGUCUUCAUUACACUCCGCUGAUGUUUUCUCAACAUAUCGAAAAUUCUUCACAGAUUGGACUAAUUAACAUCUCUCAAGAGUAGAAUUGCAUUGCAAGUUACAAGAAAAAUUGCACCGUGUAACAUGGCCUUAAGAACCUGCAUGUUUAGGCUAGAAUUUAAAAUUUAUAAAUCAAAUAAAAUAAGCUCUUCAGAAAAUAAUGAAAUUGACCCAGAACCCUGGAAAUGUCAUUCAGAUAAAUAACGUGUCUUUAUUAUAUGGACAAUGGUGUUUUACUGGAAACUAAAACACUCGUAGAACUCAUACGUCACUACAUCCGGGACCAUGUGCGUGUAUUUUCCGUAUUUCACCCCUGCUAGUGACAUACGAAGUUCGAAAAUUUCCCGCCAUUUUCAUUGUUGUUGUUUUGAAAAUACAAAUGGUCUUGGGUUCGUAUUUAAAACGAAAUUAACGUUGGAAAUAAAACGAAAACAUUUAAAAGACAUCUUGAGAUAAGUAAAAUUUAUUCUAGUUUUGUGUUUGCACUAUAAUUUUAAAAAAUAUCGCAUUUACACUGGUCUUUCGCGUGCUUAUUUACAUGUCGUCUUUGUGUGUAUUUUUGUCACUCUGAGUAAGUCCAUACAGUAUAAUAAACAGAACAUUAAACGGUUGCGAGAAGAUAUGGAUUUAUGUUCUCGUGUCAAAAACAAUAUCUCACUCGUUCGCUGCGCUCACUCGUGAGAUAUUGUUUUUGCCACUCGAACAUAAAAUCCAUAUCUCUUCGCAACCGUCUAAUAUCCUAUAUAUAUGAACACAGCAACAGAUAAUUGUAUUUCUUCAGUGAAAAUACUACAUGGCAAUCUCAACUACAGUAUACUAGUGACUGUAAGCAAUGUUUUGAAGCGUCAUGGACUGUUAGAUAAUAUGUGCAUAAUUUAUAUGAAUACCACACCUACAGAAAAUGAGUUGCUUUUUUCUUACGAAAAUCAGAACCUAUUUAAGAACCUGUUUAGCCCAAUUUCCUGGUAAGCACCAUGUACAUAAAAACCUGCAUGUUUAGGCUAACUCGGAGAAAUGUACGUUCUUAUAUGCGGGGUUUCACUGUGGCGCUAACCCUAAUAUUUAACUCCCUCUUUUUGGUUUGGCUGCAUCUGAUCUGCAAAUUCGAAAUUAGCCAAGUUCAUCGAGACACUUAAACGUCUCAAGUAAUUUGUGCAAUGAUUGCUUCAGUCGAACUAGACUAUACUGUAGCCACUUGCAAUUUUCGUAAUCGCGUCAGAUCAGGUCGUCUUUAAUAUCAGAUUUCAGGUGUCUGCACAAUGUCAUGUAUUUACAAGAAGUCACACGUAAUCAAACUUGAUUGUACUUCAUCUUUAUAACUAAGAGUUCUUUCUACACCACUUUGCAUUUUUUGGUGUUGGACAGGAAACCAUAACGAUGUUUAUAUUGUGCGUUAUUUAGUCUCUUCUUGUUGUUUGCUUCGCUGCUGUUCUCGCCCCUCCCUCUCCCUCCUCCUCUAUAUGUCGCGUAUUUGCGAUGAAAAUUGUUCAAAACCUAAAAUCGCUUUGGCUUUCCUCUCAAAAUGACUUCGUUUUAGCUUCAUUUUGUAGUUUACACAGUUCGCAACCUUUUUAAAUGUAUCUGGUGGUUGAGAAACACAAAACAAUAGUUAAAUAUUGCCAAUUUAAAAAUACAAUUAUCAUUGAUGCUGUAAAGUUGUUAUAUAUUAUAUAUACGGCAAUAUAAGCAAAACUUGCUGAACUUCAGACAUCAUUUUCUCUUUGGCGUACCAUCUAAAAUCUCUUCAUUUUAACAUUAUUUUACAGAUAAAGCACUAAACAUACUUUUUAAGUUUGUUUCUCGCUUGAGAAACGUAUGAAAAAUUAAAAAAAAUAUUGAAUAUAGGCAUACAGUAACCAAGUGGAAAAAUAUAUUAAUUAGUUUUGAGCGCGUGUUACGUAACAUAUUUCAAUUUCUUAGUUACUUCGUUCCAGCAAAGCCUCUCCCCCCCCCCCUCUAUAUUUAAUCAUCCAUCAAUAAGACCCCUCGUGUAAUAUGCAUUAUUGUAAUUUGUUAUCGCAAUGUCUCCUAUGUUGAUUGUGGAUGAUUCUUUUACUUUGUGUUUAGAACUUCUAUCCCUGGACCGUCACCAAUUGGCCCUGUCGCAUCAGUAACGUCAAAUUUUAAUGUUCCAAAAGUCAUAUCUCAUGUUGGUCCAACCCCUGGACUAGGUAGGGUAUUGUUAUGCAAACUGUGCAUUAUGCCCCGUAUAGACGUUUUAUUUGUUCGUGUGUACGGCAGAAGAUUGACAGUUUUCCCUUGCAUGCUAAGGAGUCUUAUUCCAAAGCCAGUCAAAGGAAAAUUUGUUCGUGUGCACGGGAAAUACAUACAAGAAAUACUUAUGUUUUUCGCGAACAAAAGGCGGUCUUGACGUGAGAUAAAUUAGUCGAACGUUUAGCAACAUUCCGUGCACACGAGCAACAAAAAUUGUCAAGGAAAACUUGUUGACCGUAUACACACAAGAAGAUGUCAAGUAAAAUGUACUCAUCUGUGUGGGGUUUUGGCUCCCUAGAUUUUAUAGAAAUGUUGAAAAUGCAUAAUUUAGAUCAACUCUUUGAAGAGAUGUUGUUUGCUAGAAAUAAAAAAGUGUACACCAUAUAUACAGCGACAAUCAAACAAUUGGUCACAUAGGUGACGUCACCACUGUUGCUAUGACAACAAUGACGAUUCAAGAUGGCCGAUAUUUUGGCUUAAAAAAUUAACACUUUACUUAAAAAGACGCCUGGUUACCCCCAUUUUUUAUUUCAGAAAACAUUUUCUUGUAGUACAAGAGCCACCUUAAUUACAAUUUCAGCCAGUUUUGUCUGAGCAUAAGACAAUGAACUUGCUACCAAGAAGCAUUUCUCGUUUUUAGGUCCACUAUAUUCGCAGCCUUCGCCUGUAUCGUUUGCUACGAGGCCUCCUCAGGUAUUAAACUAGUUAUAGUCUUCAAAAUACUCGUUACUAAAGUAACGCGUUACUAAUUACUUUUUGAGUAUUUUUUUCGUUAAUUACUUGUUGUACGAAAGUAAUUUUGUAACAUAAGGUAACGAGUAACAUUUUCUAGAAAGUAAUUUGCGUUACUUCUAUGUGCUUUCUCCGACCUUACCAUAUCAAUACCUUUUCACAGAAGGAAAAGCAUUGAAAUUGAGUGUCUGGCAUAGAGGGUUAACUAGUUUUGCGAUUGCACAGAAAUUGUCCUACUCAAAUUAAGUAACAAAUUCAUCGCAUACCAGUUGAAUUAUACGACUUGUUUUGUACCUAAGAAAACAGUAAUCUGACAUGUAAUUAGCAACCAAUUACACGUAAUUUUCAAACAAUGAAUUAUUAUAUUGACUCAAAAGUAUCCCACAAUGCAAAAGAACUCUGUUUUAAAAAUUGCGUGACAUAAGCACUUCUAAGGAUUUUGAAUGUAAGAUUUAAAAAAAAAACUCUUUAUGGGACUCCCUUUGCCAGUUUCUAUAUCUACAGUAUUUUCCUUUCUUUCUGCAAUACAAACCAUACCCGACUUCUAAAGCCAAACUGUACGUGUCUCGGUCUAAAACUAUUGUACACCCCUUUCUUUAGUUACAGGACCAUACCCGACUUCUAAAGCCAAGCAAUAUCGUAUCAUCUGUAUCGUUCGGAGGUCAUACAGGAACACUGCCUGCCACUGUUGUCUCCGCUCCAGCAGGUUUGCAAACUUUUAACAUGAUACAUGGAAAGCUACCUAAAAUUAUUUCAUGUCCUUCGAUAUGUGAAUUAAAACAUAUAGGGUGGACUUGAUUCAAGUCCACCUCAGGAGAAAAGUAGGGAGAGACGGACUUGGGACAUUUGCAGCAUUUCGAAUGUUACUUGCAAAAAUUGCCGCGAAAAUUUGUUGUUUUCAACUCGCAAGCCACGCCUCCUUGUGAAAAAUCCGACGGUAAAUUUUGGCGCGAUUGCGUCCAAGUUCGUCUCUCCCUACUUUUCUAUCAUAUUUUCGUGCCUUUUUUUCACCACUCGUGUGCAUUCAUACAACCUCUUGAGAGGACUUGAACCAAGUCUACAUCUAGGUUGAAGAUUGUGCCCAAUGUGCAUUGUAAGCUUGACUAUGUUAGCAACAACGUUUUUAUAUUUGAAAGGACAAUCACGAGUAAAGCUUGCAGCCUUCACUAUAGGUGCAUGACUUUCUUCAGGCUGCAGUUCAGUGCACACGGAGGGCAUUUAGAAAAGGAAUCUACCUCAUUAGAAUCUGAUUGUUUGCCCUAUAUCUGCAUGUGUGUUAAAGUUACGGGGCACGCUGGUCAAAGUUAGUGAAAUUUCUCACACUCGUGCGGGCUCGUAUUGUCUGUGGACAUCUUACACAAAAUGGCUAGUUCAGUUUCACCGCGAGUCUGCUGCAAAAUGCGAGCCAGCGGGGCACUGGGAGAAAAUUUGCUGAAUAUGGCCGGCGUGUGGGGGAUUGCUUGAAACCCAACUAUAUGCACAUUUCGCCCAACCUACUCGUAUCUAUUUUUUAUUUAAUAUAUAGUGGGACCAAACGCAAGAUUAGAUGGUAGCAGGUAAAUAAGUAUUGUAUUGUAGAAUUGUUUUGUGGAACACAGGUCUUCUAUGUUCAUCUUCAAUUUUAAAACUUAGGUUGUAAUAUAGCUUUCUUUUUGUUCAGACCAAUUCCAGUGUCAUUUUCGCGAAUGCCAACAUACUUCGACGGCCAUACAG